AUGUCUUUAACAAAUUGCCGUUUCUACGAGGAGAAGUUUCCUGAGGUGGACAGCUAUGUCAUGGUCAAUGUCAAGCAGAUCGCCGAGAUGGGCGCCUACGUGAAGCUGCUUGAAUACGACAACAUUGACGGCAUGAUUCUGCUCUCCGAACUUUCGCGCAGACGUAUCCGUUCCAUUCAGAAGCUCAUCCGUAUCGGACGCAACGAGGUCGUCAUUGUGCUCCGUUAUAUUGAUCUGUCAAAGCGUCGUGUCUCCCCCGAAGAUGUCCUCAAGUGCGAGGAGCGUUACAACAAGAGCAAGGCCGUGCACUCGAUCAUGCGCCACGUCGCUGAAGCGACUCAGACCCCCCCUCGAGACCCUCUACCAACAGAUCGCCUGGCCCUUGGACCGGAAGUUCGGCCACUCCCACGACGCAUUCAAGCUCGCCAUCACUUCCCCUCUGAACCCGUGAAGAAGGAGCUUCUGGACUAUAUCGGCAAGAAGCUUACCCCCCAUCCCACUAAGGUCCGUGCCGACGUCGAGGUCACCUGCUUCGGCUAUGACGGAAUCGACGCCGUCAAGGAAGCUCUCCGCCGACAACACCCCGAAAACCAGAUCAAGGUCAAGCUCGUCGCCCCUCCUCUGUACGUCCUGACCAGCCAGUGCCUUGACAAGAACCAUGGUAUCAAGAUGCUUGAAGCCGCGAUUGAGAAGAUCUCUGCCAAGAUCAAGGAAGCCAAUGGCAACUGCACCGUGAAGAUGGCACCCAAGGCCGUCACCGAGCACGAUGACGCCGUCCUCGCUGAGCUCAUGGAGAAGCGCGAGCGUGAGAACCAGCAGGUCAGCGGAGACGAGGACGAUUCGGAGAGUGACGCCGAUGUUCCUGAGUAA